CUUCAUAAUCUUGUUUUAUUCGAGGAGAUUUUUACCUCGAAAGCACUUAGAAUAGCUCUUGUAAGAACACUUCGGUGUUUCAUAACUAGAAGUUAUGGCUGUCACUAACACUAAUAUUACUAUUACAGUUUCCUGCGGGGUUGUUGAGAAGGUUAAAUGCAAGCACACUCACCAGGACGGGCUACUUACUUUGCAGAAACCAGUACAAAAUGAAAAUACAGGGGCCUGUGUUCCAAAAUCGUUAAGAAGUCCAAGGCUGGAAAAGCCAAACAUUCAACCAAGCACGGGACCCUGCUGAGCAUAGGGCCUGUACAAGCGCCCAGGCUGCACGCCCCGGAAGCCGGCCUUGGAAGGAGCACAGCGUCUGCACACAGCAGGUGCUACAUAAACGCUCUUCACCUUUGUGUCAGCAUCCUCCCACACAUCCGGCGCGCCAGCGCCGUAACGUUGACCAUACCACCGACCACUCGUUGUCACUUGUGCCUGCCCGGCGGAAGGACAAGACCUGGAAUCACGCCCGUGGGGCAGCCCCACGGCGAAGACCCGGGACCCCCAGCCUUUUGGCGAGUGUCUGCCGCUCAACCAAGCCCAGGCCAGACGGGGCCGCCAGGGCCUCCCAGGCCGCCGCAGGACGCAGUCCGCAGGAUCUGGGUCUGUCCCGCGGCCCCGAACCGCAUCUCUGAGGCCGCAGCCCCGCCCGCCUCCAGGGCCCGCGAGCGCCGCGGGCCCUCGUUUGCUAGUUGCCCGAGGAGACGCGCGCGCACGCGCACCCGCACCCUGCGCUCCGCGACGCCUGCGCUCCGAGCGCGCCAUGAGCCGCGGCCGCUCCUCCGGCUCCAGGCGCCUGGACCCGGCCGGUCACGCCGCCCGCAGCGCCUCGUCGCCCGCGCCCGAGGAAAUUUACGACCGUCUCUUGGAAGUCCCGGUCACUAGGGAGCAGUUACACCACUAUCGGAAUGUGGCCGAAAGUGCUCGAAGUGACCUUGCUGCAACUUUGGUCAAAUUUGAAUGUGCUCAGUCUGAGCUUCGAGACCUCCGAUCCAAGAUGCUUUCGAAAGAAGCCUCCUGUCAAGCGUUGAAAGCUGAAAUGGAGAAUUACAAAGAAAAUCAUGCUAGAAAAUCAUCUCUCCUCACCUCUCUGAGACACAGAGUUCAGGAGCUGGAAGAAGAAUCAGCAGCACUUGCCACUUCUAAAAUUAGAACCGAAAUCACAGCUCACACCGCAAUCAAGGAGAACCAGGAGUUGAAGAAGAAAGUUGCGGAACUAGACGAGAACUUACAAAAGUGUUUAAAGGAAAAUGAAGAGAAUAAGAAGCAAGUCUCAAAGAAUUGCAGGAGACAUGAAGAAUUUCUAGCUCAACUUUGUGACUGCUUAGAUCCGGACAAGAAGAAUGAAAAGGCGUCAGAUGAAGAUUUAAUUCUAAAGCUCAGAGAACUGUGCAAGGAAAAUGCAUUCGUAAAAGGACAAAUUGUUACUCUUGAAGAGACUGUGAAUGUCCAUGAGAUGGAAGCAAAAGCUAGCAGAGAAACCAUCAUGAGGCUGGUUUCAGAAGUAAACAGAGCGCAGAAAAAAGCUGCCUCCUGCACUGAAGAGAAAGACAAGCUGGGCCAGGACCUGCUCAGUGCUGUAGAGACAAAGGAGGCUCUUGAAAGGGAAGUCAAGCUCUUCCAAGAAAGGCUGCUUGCUGGCCAGCGGGUCUGGGAUGCCUCGAAGCAGGAACUGAGCCUCUUGAAGAAAAGCUCUUGCGAGUUGGAGAAGAGCUUGGAGGCCAGCCGGGAUGCGACGGCAGCCUCGAGAAACCAGCACUCCUCGUUUAGGGAGAAAGUCGCAGCGCUGCUCGGGGGCAACUGGGGCACGAUUGUGCCCACGGAGGAUGCUAUUUUGGAAAGGAUCCGAGAAAUGACCGGCCAGGGAGAGAGCAGGAAAAGUAUGGUCUCCCAGCUUGAAGCCCGGAUAUCUGAGCUUGUUGAACAGUUGGGAAAUGAGUCUGGGUUUCACCAGAAAGCUCUUCAGAGGGCCCAGAAAGCAGAAAGCAAGUUGGAGACUCUUCAGGGUCAGCUGACAUACCUGGAGGGAGAGCUGGCUUCUGGAGAUGUUUUGCGAGAUAACUUGGAUUUUGAGAAACAAAAAUAUCUUAAAUUUCUGGAUCAGCUCUCAGAGAAAAUGAAACUGGACCAGAUGGCUGCUGAACUUGGCUUUGACAUGCGCCUGGAUGUAGUCUUAGCUCGCACAGAGCAGCUGGUCCGCCUCGAGAGCAAUGCAGUCAUUGAAAACAAGACUAUCGCUCACAAUUUACAGAGAAAGCUCAAGACUCAGAAAGAAAGACUGGAGAGCAAAGAACUGCACGUGAACCUUCUCCGGCAGAAAAUUGCCCAGUUGGAGCAGGAGAAGCAGGUGCGUUCGGCCUUGGCGGUAGAGAGGGACGAGGCCAAUCUCACCCUAAGGAAGUUGCAAAAGAAGGUGGAGAGGCUGCAGAAGGAGCUGCGUGUGUGUCGAGACUCGAACACGGAGCUCAAAGCCCAGCUGGCUGACACCCAUGAGCUUAAGAUUAAAACUUUGGAACAGACCAAAGCCAUUGAAGACCUAAAUAAAUCCAGAGACAAACUUGAGAAGAUGAAGGAGAAAGCUGAGAAAAAACUAAUGUCUGUCAAGUCAGAACUGGAUUCUACAGAGCAUGAGGCUAAGGAGGAUAAAGAGAGAGCCAGGAACCUGGUAGAAGCGGUAACCAGUGAAAUGAAGACACUAAAAAAAUCUCUGGAAGAGGCAGAAAAGAGAGAAAAGCAGCUGGUGGACUUCAGGGAAGUGGUUUCCCAGAAGCUGGGCUUGAACAUGACCAGUCUUGCACUUCCCGACUAUGAAAUCAUCAAAUGUCUUGAAAGACUGAUCCAUUUACAUCAGCAUCACUUUGUCACCUGUGCCUGCCUCAAAGAUGUGACGCUUGGGUGAGACAGGCACCCCCAAAGCCACUUAAAACUCCUUCAUUGAAUACCAUGUCUCUUGAAGGAGGUAGAGCUAAGUGAUGGCACACAAUUCUCGAUUUCACUAAUUCCCGAAACCUUUGAAAUUUGAUCAGUAUGUGAAUACCAUAUACUUUGAUGAUUGAGCGAGGAUCCGUCAUUUGCAAAAAAAGGAUCUCAGAGGUGCCAGCUGUAGGGAAAUGUCUGACACUAAAAACACCUAUUUUUUUAUUUGCUAGCACUUUGGGACCCAGAAGAGUUCCAGUAGAUUGUAAACCUAGAAUGGGCAAUGGUGGUAGGGAAUUUACAUUUAUGGGACUCCUUUUAUGACUUGGGGGCUUUCCUACCCAAUUUAAUUCUCAUAAUAGCCAUGUGGAGAAGGUUUAGUGUUUGAUUUUACAACCUCUCUGGGGCUCAGAGAGGGUGUUACCUACCCAAGAUUGCAAUUGGUUAGCAACUGAACCAGAAGUCUUACCAUGCUGGCUCUGGGUCAAAGGCUGUACUUUCUCUGUUACAUCACACUCUUCCAGUUUCUCCUGAAUUCCUGUGAUCCUGGUGAAAAUUGCCCCCAUAAAGAAAGGCAGACAUUCAUAGAAUCAAGAAUUGAAGCCCCCGAAGUAACAGAUUUAUGAAUGUUACCCAUAUGAUUUCUUUAAAAGGCAAUAUACCAAAUUAUUUGGUAAAACAUACACAGGGUCUGAGGUCCUGUAAGAAAUUUACCUGUUUUAAAUGUGGCUGCCAGAUCACAUUUGGUGGCAGUUUUUCAUGUUGCAGCAGGUUGAUCUCAGUCCUUGAAAAGUCAAACCCUUAAUGUGAAACCUGUCACAUGAACUCCUGUACAGUUUUAUUCACCAGUUUAUCAGAUGCACUGACAGCAGGGGUACUUUUUUCAGAUUGGGAUUUUAUUAUGACUUUCUGUCAUUUUCUGCCUUCUUUUUAAAUUUGUAUUUCACAGAUAUUUUUCAGGAAGCCAUAUUCUUAACUUUAUUGAGAGAAACUUUUACUUUUUUGGUCGAUUACCUUAUUUUUGCCAUAUGUAAUUUUCUAAACAGUUUCUGAAAAAAGUGUUGGUGUCUCAUUAAAGGAGAGGGGAAACACAGAUUACAUCCGAACAUUAAGAGAAAAAGCAUAUUCGGCGGGGCACAUGGGUAGCUUAGUUGGUUAAGCCUCUGACUCUUGAAUUUGGCUCAGGCCAUGAUCUCACAGUUCCUGAGAUCGAGCUUCAAGUCAGGCUCUGCGCUGACAGCGAGGAGCCUGCUUGGGAUUCUUGCUCUCCCUCCCUCUCUCUCCCUCUCCCUGGCUCAUGCGUAUGCGUGCUCUCUUACUCUCAAAAUAAAUAAACUUUAGAAAAAGAGAGAAAAAGCAAAUUCUAGAGGAAAGGAAAUGAGUUGGACACUUACUGAUGACAGAUCACACAGAGGAAGAGGAAGCAAGGAUGUCCUCUGGGAGAUGGGUCAUGGUCGCCUGGCUUUCUCCCUUGUGUGCAAGGAUAGUAUAAAGUACCUUUUGCAACUGAAUAAACACACCUUCGCAGCCCUGACUGAGGACACGAGCUAGGUCUGCAACAGGCCGGAGAGGCAGAAUUGUAUUUUCCCCGCAGAAGUCGUCUCUGAAGAUCCCCUCACAUGCUCCAUAGAGACAGUGGCUACUGUUCUGGACCCAUACGCACUCAGACUGAAGGAGGCAACCUCACUGUCUGGGUCUCUGGAGGACUGAAUUGCUGAGUGGCUUUGCUUCAGCCGUGCCAUAGAAAGGUGGGGGGCGUUCAGAGAUGGAGGGGUUGUUUUUAUACCCCUGUUUUAUAUCUCUGUUCUCAUUUUCCAAAUACAGUCUUUAACGAACUUC